AUGGAUGACGCCCGGGCUGCGCUCUUCGCCGAUAUCAACCGCGGCACUGACAUCACCAAGGGCCUGCGCAAGGUGAACGCCGACCAGAUGACGCACAAGAAUGCGGCGCUGCGCACCUCAUCUACGGUUCCUGGUGGCAAUGCUCCGAGUAGUGGUGGUCCUGGCGGCAAGAGCCGAGGUCCGGAGAAAUUUGAACUGGACGGCAAGAAGUGGAUCAUCGAGAAUCUGAGCGGCCGGCGAGACCUGGAGAUUCCGCAGGCGGAGAUGGGCCAGACGGUGACCGUCUUCCGCUGUGACAACUGCGUCCUCAGCGUCAAGGGCAAAGUGCACUCCAUAAACGUCAUCGAGUGCAAAAAGUUUUCCCUCGUCUUUGAGGCAAUCAUGGGCACCGUCGAGUUCACUAGAUGUCAGAACAUCCAGGCUCAAGCGCUAUCAACGGUGCCGACAAUCUCCAUCGACGUGGUUGACGCCGUGGAGCUGUACUUGAGCCAGCAGGCGCUGGAGCAGGCGAGCAUCGUCAGCUCAAAGAGCUCCGCUGUCAACAUCUCCGUGCCCAAUGCCAAAGGAGAUUAUGUUGAGCACCCAAUACCGGAGCAGUUUCUGACCAAAUGGGACGGCAAAGGAUUCAAAACGGAGCCCAUUUCUAAAAGCUGA